UCUUCCUCGUCAACUAAGUUUCUUCACUCUCCACUUCAUAAUAUCAACUUCAUUCUAAACAAUUAGAAAGAACAAAUUAUACAUAUCUCCACAAACAUAUAAAAUAUUAGUUAUUUAAGGAAGAUAUAUUAUUUAGAAUAUUAAAUAUACCGGGAAAGUAAUUAUAUGUGUGUGGGCGGGUACCCAUGGGGCGGGUUUAUCUAAACCUGAAUCCAACCGAACCCGGUGAAUAGUGUAGCGAGUUUAAACUUGAACUCGGCCCAAAACCCGUCAACACGGGUUUUACCCGCGUUGACCGGAUUGGGUCGGGUGGAUACCCGUGGGUUCGGGUUUUGUUGCCAUCCCUACCUGGGAGUGGUGAUUCUUGCUCCGACGCUCAUGACAGCCUCGGAUGUGUUGCUGUUUCUGCUUCUGCCCAGCAGCAGUGGUGAGAGCUCUGGUCUGUCACCUUCGGUCUUGAUGGCGGUUCCCAUUUCUCUGGUACUGUUUAUGCAUUUGAUCUCGUGGUGGCUGCCCAUAUUAUAUUUGGAGUCUGCCGCGCCGGGAGAUGGCAGCGCCAAGGGUCACCUGCGUAUGGCGAUGAUAGCGAGAGUUAUACCUUGGGAGCAUUGAUUCUGAUACUCUUCUUCUUUGUCUUGUAUGGCCUCUUGAGCUGGUAAACAUGCCUUACAAAACAAGAUACAAAAUGGAAGCAGGGGAGGCGGUUAUGUUACUGUGUGGACGACUAUCGCCGGCAAAUUUUGGGUAGGAUGACGACGAGAUGGAUCAUUAUAAAAGAACGCCACAUUUUUAUAAGCGAGUUGGGGUUUUAAGUGAAAUCAUUGUUGGCUAUGAUGGAACUACUUUCAUUGUGUUAAAUUGUAAUUGAUGCAUCUGUUGUAAUUGCAAGUUGAGAAAUGAUGUUUUUUUUUAUAUUAUGAAAUUAAUGAAGAACGAUCUCCUGAAUAAGACUAAUGACCAUUUUAUUAAUAAUUGUUGGGUUGUAUACAACGAAAAACAAUUGAGUUGCAAAAUAGGUGCUACGUAUAUUUUAACAAACCUUUCAUAAUAUAAAAAUUCGUUUUAGCUCGCUGCGAAAAUGAUAUGAUUGUGUACCCUAUGAAUUUAGUUUUCCGAGGGAAUCAACUCUGUAUACAUUCUCAAUAUUCCUUGUUCUGUUGAUGUUUUCUACCAAUUACCAAACUUGAAGCUUGGUUGUGGAUGAGUGCUAGGUGGUGAGUAGUUAGAAUUUCAUGGAAGUUAAUUAGUUACCUUAUCUUUGUGCCUGGGUUAUAACGAUGGCCGGCAACAUUUGGGGAGCAUGCUGGAUGGACAGGACUCCAACGGCAAGACAUGCUUCUUUCUUCAUCAAAAUUAUGCUUGGUUUCUACAACCCAGAAAAAUUAAAAUUAUGCUUGGUUCAUAUAUAACUCUCUAGGGUGUUCCUUGUUUGGUAGUUACUUGUCAGUUUAGUUUGGUAACCUAUUGAGUGCCCUUCCUAAUCUUAUCUUAUCGCAAUGAUUUUUCAUUACAUCUACACAAUAAAUAAAAAUCAAAUGAGAAAACUUGAAGCCCCAUUUCAAAUUUCCUGCAUCCAGAGUGAAAACAGGAAGGAUAUUUUGGACUUCACAAUUACUUUUUUUAUUCUAGGGAUGACAAUGGGUCGGGUCGGGGACGGAUAGUGCAUAUCCGUUACCCUACCCAAAGUAGUUCGGGUUUUACCCAUACCCAUACCCACAUGUGAAACGGGUACAAAAAUAAAACCAUGCCCAUACUCGUUCGGGUUUCGGGUAUCCACGGUUAUUCAUGGAUAAUAAUUUCUCUUUCUAACUCCAACCAAUAUGUUAACAUUCACACGUAUUCUCACAUUACGUAAGAGGAAAAGUACGACAAUUGUUCACUAGAAUGAAGAAAAUUAACUAAAACAACACAAUUUCAUGAAAAUUUUAUAUUUAUAUGCUACAUAUAAAAUAUGUUAGAGAACAAUAAUAAUUAUUUCUAGAGAAAAUACACAUGCAUGCAUAUAAUCGUGCGGGUUCGGGUUGGAUAGUUAGAAACCCAUGCCCACCCAUUACCCGCAAUAUUUGGGUUCGGGUUUUACCCGUACCCACUAAAUGUCCUUCGGGUUCGGGUUUUACCCUACCCGAUUAGGCCGGAUUCGGGUGGAUAUCCACGGUUACAGAUAUUUUUGCCAUCCCUAUUUUAUUCAUGAAAAAGAUACUUACUAGGAUUCAAACCAUGACCACUUUAAAGAAAAGUAAAUAUCAUAA